CGUAAACGUCAACAAUUUCGCGUUAAAAACAUUGGUGCAAAGUCGCAGUGCGUCGUGUCGUGUUGAAUUGCAGAAAAUUGGAUUUUUGGCAAUAAUUAUUAGGUACUUUCCCUUCUGGCUUCCUCCGCCAUAACGCAUCGUAAGCUCCUCUCGAAGCUCAUUGCACAGAACAAUGGAAAACACCGACGCUAUCCAGGUCAGUUCGUUUCCCCUGCCUCCCGCGCAGUACUACAAACUGUACACAGACGAAAACAUCCGGAACAAUCGUGCGCCGAAGCCGCCCGCACCGAUCCAGGGCACAUACUCGAUGUUUGGCCAGCAGUUCAGCACCGAAGACAACAUCAUACGGCCGCUGGAGGCGCAGGGUUUCAAGAGGCUGUACCCGCAGCACUUCGAUCGGAGGAAGGAACUCAAGAAGUUGAACCAUUCUCUGCUCGUCAAUUUUCUGGAUCUGAUCGACCUGUUGGUACACAACCCGGACAGUCCACAGCGGGCUGAAAAGAUUGAAGACUUGAACCUGCUGUUUGUCCACAUCCACCAUCUGUUGAACGAAUUCCGGCCCCACCAGGCGCGGGAAACGCUCCGGGUGAUGAUGGAACUGCAGAAACGCCAGCGGAUAGAGACCGCCCAGCGGUUUCAGAACCACCUGGAGAAGGUGCGGGAGAUGGUGAACAAUGCGUUCGCGUCGUUGCCGGACCCGGCCGAAUCGGACCGACUAGGGGGCGUUGCGGAACCGAUGGACACCGGCGAUGGCGGUAGCGCGAGUAAGAACCGAAGCGAAGAAUGCCAUCCGCUGGAUCGGUUGAUGUGCGAACUGGUGGACAAUAUGUAGGUCGAUCGUCCCGUAUGGAUCACAAUUUAGUGUCGACCGCAACAAGUUAACGCGUAAGUAGAAUUAAGAAUAAUCUGAUCUAAACCGAUUAUACUCCAUAAAUGGAAUCAUCUUACGCGUGUUCGAGUAUUUAUUCGAUAAUUGUUCUCUCAAAAACAUUUAUUAAUAAUCAACGGCGUAAAAGAUGUCGUAACUACAUGCAAAUGAAAGGUACUUAAUAGGCA